AUGGUAAUGUAUAUUGUUUUUAUUAUAAGCACUAUUUUUGUAAUUAGUCUUGUGGGGGUUUCUUCAAAACCUUCACCAAUUUAUGGUGGUUUAGGGUUGAUUGUGGGUGGUGCUAUAGGGUGUGGAAUUGUUUUUAGUUUUGGGGGUUCAUUUUUAGGUUUAAUGGUAUUUUUAAUUUAUUUAGGAGGAAUAUUAGUUGUGUUUGGUUAUACGACGGCUAUGGCUACUGAGCAAUAUCCUGAAGUUUGGGUUUCUAAUAAAGUUGUACUUGGAGGAUUUCUUCUAGGUUUAGUGUUAGAGUUGUUAGUGGUAUUAUAUGUUUUAGAGGGUGGGAAAGUGAAUGUUGUAUUUGAGUUUAAUGGGUUGGGAGAUUGGGUUAUUUAUGAUACAGGGGAUACUGGAUUUUUUAGUGAGGAAGCUAUAGGAAUCGCUGCAUUAUAUAGUUAUGGUACUUGGUUAGUUAUUGUUACUGGGUGGUCUCUGUUUAUUGGUGUAGUGGUUAUUAUAGAGAUUACUCGGGGUAAUUAA